AGUGGUAUUAGCAGCUCAAAUGCAAGUCUGGAUAAUUUCUUGUAUGGUGAGUUCAGUUUGUAAACAUAUUUCUCCCUCUGUUUCUGUUCAAAAUGUUGACUGAAUUAAACAUUUUAUUUGUUGUUUUUUAAACAUAAACCUGAUAUCUUCUCUUUAUCUUAUUGUUAUUUCCUAAAUAAUAUUGAAAAAGAAUUCAUAUUUUCCACUAAUGUUUUACACAGGCUUAUUAUUAAUGUCCCUACAGCUGAAAAAUUCUUUUUAAUUUGAAACUUAAUAAUAAAUAACUGAACUUGAUUUGGCUCAAUUGGCUGCGUGAUUUCUGCUCCAGGGCACAACAAGUACACUUCAGCCCCAUCGUACACCACUCAUUCCCCACAUUACGUCGGAGGUGGUGGUAAAGAUGACCUUGCCAAAGCCCUUCACAAGAUCAACUCUGAACUGUCCCGUGUCCUCAACUACAUUGACAGAGAUGGGGAA